AUGCCGCCGCCAGAAACGCCCAAGGACCGACUAGAAUACGCUGACAUAAUGAGAAUCAACGUCGACAGCUGCACCCGCGCAACCCGCUCUGCCAUGCACGUCGGAAAUCGCCAAAAACCCAUCUCGCCGGAAUUGACCUUUUACUCGCCAGUUACCGUAAAAAGCUACCAGAUAUUUAUGGAAAAAUAUGCAGAAACUGCUCAACACCAAGCUGCCAAUUUGAAAGUCGUCGCUGCCCUGCUCAAAGAAGAUCGAUACUACACUGCCUUUGAAUUUCAGAAGCAAGAACAGAUUAAUAUUGUGCAGAAUACUUUUGACAGCUUCAAAUACUCUACCCACCUGCUCAAAUGCAUGACGACUCUGUCUAUUCCACUUGAUCAAUAA